AUGUCGACUUCCCUCCCCACCCUGUUCGUUCUCGUCGUCGUUCUCGGGCUGAUGUCCGCCGCCUGGUUCUCGACUCCCAAGGGCCCCAAUCAAACCCUCAUCCGGACGAGCCUGAUGCUCACGCUCGCCUGCUGCUACCUCAUGUGGUCGGUCACGUACCUGGCGCAGGUGCACCCACUGGAGAGUCCUCUCCCACCUGCACCCGCCUAUCUGUUCCCCAACGCUUACUGGCAUCGCUGCAGCGUCAGGUCCGGAUGGAGCAUCCUUAAUUAUUCCGCCAACGGCUCAAGGCUCUGGAUGAAGGAGAGAUAUUGGAUGACGGACCCCGAGGUGGCCUACUUCCUGUUCCCGCGAAAGUCGGCGCGCACGAAGGUCCCCCAAUGCAGCCUCAAGAUAAGGUUGUUUGCGCCCGAGUUUGAGAUACUGGUCAGAAAGAUGCUGAGCUAG